AUGGGUUCCCGCUGUGCCAAGCUCAGCACUGGCCAUGGCACGGCCCAGAACACAGGUCACAGCCGUGGCCACGAGUCCUCCAUGAAGAAGCUCGUGGCCUGUGUGAGUCAAGACAACUUCUCCCUGUCAUCAGAAGGCGAGGAGGAAGAAGAGGAUGAGGAGGAAGAGGAAGAGGAGGAUGAGGAAGAGGAAGAGGAGGAGCAGAUACCGGUGAAGGGCAAGCUGCUGCUGCUGGGGUCCGAGAAGCAGGAGAGCUCCGAGGACAACGCCGUGGCCCAGCCAAGCCCCGAGCCCAAGCAGACGCACUCCUGA